GAGCGAUCCACUAGAGGACGACGGCAGACGAUCGGUUCCUCGUUUCUGCAGAGUUGUCCCCGAUACGGACGGCCGAUUCCCGACAGAAAGUGCCCAAAGUGACGUGUGAUCGAUUGAGGAAUUGGUUUUUACCUUCCAGAGCGUGCCACCGCUCGAACCGGGAGCAAAGUAAACGCAGUAAAUUCGGUGGAUGUUAAAAUCCGGGACUGUAAAAACAACCACGGACAAUUUUCACACGAAUGGUAACACGGUCGGUGCGAGGGGUGUGCGCGUGGUGUAAGCGGCAGGGUGCUCGCUGACAGUGGUGUGUGUUUCGUGGAACCCUACUUGCGUACGUGCAAGCGCCUCCAGGAACGUAAGCGAACAGCGGUGCGGCAGAGACGGCAAUACAACAAGGAGCAGCACCAGUGUUGCCCGUCGCUGCGGUCCGUCAAUCCAGCAGCAGACGACGACGCCCGUCAAAGUGCGUUCCGAUUUCGGUGUGUUGGUGGCAGCACUGUGCGGCGGUUGUGCUUUCCCUGCAUAUGUGACGUGCGUUCCGAUGUCAGUAUUGUGUGUUUUCAUCAAGCGCCGUGUUGAUGUGAGUGCGCUGAAGAGAAUACUGCCACCAUCGGUAGGAAAUUACUCUUGAUCCAACGGAUUGGAACGCAAUGUUUGAGCAGGAAAUUUUCCCUGCUGCCCGAAAUGCCACACUGCGUGUAUUGAACGGGUGGAAUCAAGUUUGCGGGAGUGUUGCAAUCAAUUAAAGGACUGAACGUUUCAUUGCGAAGAUAUCGGACCAAAAAGUGUUGUAUUCAAGUGCGAUACAUUCGCGAACAGUGGACACAUAAGAACGAGCGAUUAGAGAGUGUUAAUAACCUUUUGAUGUGCAAGCUGCGCCCCUCGUCGGAUUCCUCUUCAGGGACCCCUCGUGUCAACAAGCUCAUAAACUGGAUGGUCGUCAUUGAAGCAGAACUUUGUGUUUACAUAUAUGUGUAUUAAAGAAACCGUGGAAGAAGCAUCAGGCGGCCAGCAAUCGAAGGCAGUGAUUGAAUCGCUGGCUCGGCAAAACAGAUUUGCCGGAAGUGUUUUCCUCCGGAAAAAAGUGAUUGAUAUGGAAAUCUAAAUCCGCAGAAAAAAGUGUUGAAGUUUUUUUUUUACCGAGAAAUACUCGAUUAAUAUUACGCAGGAAGAGAUAUCCUCGCGCGGUCGCCCUCCCUCUAUACUGGUGUGCGUGUGGCCCUUCCUGGCCCGUCGUCCGACCGAGAAGAAUAGCUUCUGGAUCAAUUGAGGUGCCCAUCGCCGAAUAAUCAAUCAAAUCCCCCGUGUGAGUGAUUUACAUCCGUCAAUGAAUUCAGCUUCCACCAGAAGGGAUCUAGAUUACAGUGAAGCGAAAGUUGGGCCCAUCAAGGAAGGCAAAUCGGUCCAAGGGGCAGUCAGGGCAGUGCGAGUGCGAAUUCGGUGCGUGUGUAUAUCAUCAUCUUCCUCCUAAAAGUGGGUGCAAUAGAGUGGUGUGCGUGUACGUCUCUCCAUUGUUAUCUGAAAUCGAUUGACGACGUCGCGCUUGUCAACUGGAAAAAAUAAGGAAAAUAAAGAAAUAUUUGCAAGGUGAAAUCAGAGAAAAAUAAUCGCGACGGCAUUGUGAAGCAAAGAAGAAGUGUAUUAGUGAUUAAAAGAAGCAUCCCUGGGUCCGUCAUUCUGUGCGAAGUUUUACAAGUUUUCUGCCGCAAAUGCAACAAAGGCAAUUAGAAGAAGCUCGAGUGGUCGCCCGUAGGCAAUAAUGCAUCCCACUUGCGACGGGGUGAUCGAGCCAUGGAAAUAGAUGUAAGGCAGCAGAGCAAGCAGCGCAACAAACGACGGGAACGGGCCCAACGUAUGAUAGCCGAGCGGGAUAAGGAUGCCGCCGCCGCCGAUGGUACUGCCGCCGCUGGUGCGGCUGCCUCCAGUGCCGGCGGAGGCGGCGGAAUCGGCGCCGGAUUCGAUCCGGACGACAGUGCCGACGAGGACGUGCCGAUCAGCCGCGAGAAGCCACCGCGGCCGACGGUCCGGCGGAAGCGCAAGGAGAAGGAUCCCUCGCCGAUCCUGGAGGAGGACAUAGUGGACGGGUUCGCCAUCCUCGCGUUCAAAUCGUACGAGGACCUGGAGUUCGCCGUCAAGUUAGGCAACAAACGAAACGAGAAGCGCCUGUCAACUCUGGUUGAGCUGACGACGCUGAUGGUCGACGACAAGCCGCCGAAGAUUAUCGACACGACGGCCCAGAAGAUCGAUCAGCAGAAGGCGGCAGCGGCCGCAGCUGCCGCCGCAGCAGCCGCCGCCCAGGAGUGCUGGAACGCCAACGCCGUCAACAAUAACAACAACAACAACAACAAUGGUAAAACCAUUGACGAUGGCAUCAGCAACAAUAGUGGCAUCGGUACCAAUAGUGAUAUUCCGCCAAGCGUGGUACCACCGACCAUGAAUGGUGGCCCACCGUCGGCAGCGGUGGCGGCGGCAGUGGCAGCGAACGUUACCACCAACGGUAGCUGCAGCAAUAGCAGCAGCAGUAGUAGUCUGAGCAGUGUUGCCAGCAGUGGCAUCACCGUUGGCAGUAGCAAUAGCAAUGGCAGCACCAGCAGCAGCCUCAGUGCGCUCACGGCGGUGAGUGGCGCCAGUGCAGGCAGCGGAAACAGUGGCGGUGGCGGCGGCGGUGGUGGCAGCAGCAGUAGUAGUAGUAGCAGUAGUAGCAGCUGUAGCAGUAGUGGUAUCGGGAGCAGUAUUAUUAGUAGCAAUGGUGUAAGCGGGGUCGCCGGCGGUAGCAACGUUAACCAUAUUAAUCAUAACCUAUCGCUGCCGCCCAACGUCGAUCCGGGCACAUCGGACGACAGUGGCCGGGCGUCGGAGCGGCUGACCGCCUCGUCGGUGGCCCAGCGGGAUCCGGACAGUUCCCGGGACCGGUUGAGCGACGCCAGCAGCCGGUGCAGUUCCGGCAAAGGAUAUAUCUGUGAUAGCGAGGGAGACGAUGAUAAGGGUUCUGAUGGAGGGUCAGUCGUGUUUGCAUCGACACCACAGACGCAACCAUUGCAGGCGGUGCCUCCGGUGGCGGCGGCACCAAGCCCGGCGGCCCCCCGCAAGUCGGACUUCCCGCCGACGACGGGGCUGCCCCUCAGCAAUGGACCGCUGGCGGGGCUGGCGGGCAGUGCCAGUCCGGUGCCGGUACCGCCCGGGGUAGCCAGUGCGGCGGGACCAGCCCCGCCGGCUCCUUCGCCUGCCCCGGCGGCACUACCGCCGCCCAGCCUGCCCCCGCCUUACCCAACGACACCAAUGCAGGUUCCAAAUGGUCCGAUCGGUACCCACCUAACGCCCAUCGGUAGCCACCCCGCCGCUGUGGCGUCGCCGCAGUCGCAGCAACCCGGCGUGGCGUCACCCCAGCAACCGCAGCCUCCUGCGUCGCCACAGACGGCCGGACUGAGCAGUAAGCCGCUGCUACCGACGGCGUCGGCCAAGAUUCCGGCAACGUUAAGUACAACGACCGCAACGACGACGGUAACGACGGCACUGUCGUCGUCCCAGCAGCCCGGAAAGCAAGGGUCUCCUCAGUCACCACUGCAGCCGAUCGGUUCGGUUCCGUCGCCGGCCAUGCAGCAGCAACCGCACACGCCGCAAUCUCAGCCGCCGCCUUCACCACAGCAAACGCCAAUGCAGCAGCACAAUAGCAACAGCAACAGUAGUAAUAGUAAUAGCGCCCCUGUGAAGCCAUCCUCUGUUCCGAGUUUUAUCGGAGCGGGAUCGUCGUUUGCAGCGGUUACAACAUCGGCGGCGGCGGUGGCUUCGUUACCAAAUGGACUGCCACCACCAACAAUACCAGCCAACGGUGGUCAGCCGCCGCACGCAAACUCAAGCAGCAACAGCGCAGCGCCAUCUUCACUGCCAGUGAACGUACCACACACGCCACCAGCGGCAACGCCUGCGAGCGGGCAAAGCCCCGCCAUCCAUCCAUCUGUGGAAAGCUCACUAGCUGCGUCAACCAGUGGGCUGCGAACGCACAGUCCUGCUGUGGCCACAAGUGCUGCCCUAUCGGCGGCUGUGACGCCAACAGGUCUACUCAACGGAUCUCAUGCCACCCACCCGGGAAUUCCCCAUUCAGCCGCUAUGAUGUUACCGAACGGCCUCGGUAGUAUACCACCCCAUUAUCGAGCGGCUUACCCCGGGUACCCACUCUACGCCCCGUACGGUAGCUUUAACCACAAUCCGUAUCUGCCGCCCUCGGUGGCGGCACCGAAUCUGUCACCUCGAAUACAUCCUGGCGCUCCUCCAGGUCUCGGCGGAUUGCCUCCUUCAAUGCUUGGCCUUGGCCUAAUGGAUUCCCGAUUGCAGCACCAACUCGCGGGAAGCAACGGUAGUCCUUCGCAUCUACGCGACCGGGACGCCUCUCCGAUGGGUCAACCACCUUCGAAAACCGUACGGCCCAUCACGCCAAACGCCAACAGUAACGGCAGCAAUAGUAACUCCUCGUCAGCUCCUUCGGCAGCGACGGCGGCACCCCCUCAUUCCUCGAGUGGUCCAGUGCCGCCACCAUCCUCACAUAUACCAUCCCCACAUGGUUUAAGUACGGGCGCCCCGCAUGGCGCCACUCCUCCAUCAUCACACCCAUCGAUGAGGGAUCAGCCGCCAUCGCAGCUAACGCAUCCCUCACUCGGUGGCCCAUCACAUCUCUUACCUCCUCAUCAUCCUGCGGCCGCAUCCCAGCAGCCGCCACCACUUUCUUCGCAUCCUCAACCACCAGCGCCGCAUUUAGUAGGACCAUCCUCGCAUCAUCCGCUGGUGGGGCCCCUCCCACCGGGAAUGCAACACGGAAGCGCCCAUCACCUGUCAUCACACCUCCCGCCCACCAGUAGUAGCAUCAGCGGCAGCAUCCACAGCAGUAGUAACAGCAAUAGUUCCCAUCUGACGCAUCCUUCGGCUAUUUCCGUUAGUGGCGCCAGUGCGCGGACACAUUCUCCAAGGGGGCUUAGUCCCAGUCGGGAGAGGGACAGUUAUAGUAACUUAAGUAGUUUAUCGCGGUCGACGCCAGGAUCCGCGCUACCCUACGGCAGUGGAGGUAGCAGCGCGAGUAGCGCCAGUACCGGAGGUCCACCACCGGGUCCAUCACCAACGCUUCCUUACAGUUCGGCUGGUCCACCUGCACUAUCAUCUCCGGCGGCAAUGUCCGUUUCAUCGGCGGCAUCAUUGACCGUAUCUUCUAGUCUUACCUACCCCAAACCUUCGCUAGCGUCCGUAACGACCAGCAGUAGUUCCAGUGUGAGCACAAGCCUACCGCCGGCAGGUCAUCCGGGUUGGCCACCAACUCUACCCCCUUCGGCUGCUGCUGUGGGAGGACCAUCUUCCGUGGGGGUUCCACCGUCCCAUUCACCGGCAGCAGUCAGUUCCAUUGUAAAUAACAGUUCUUCCUCCCUAUCCCGACCAACUCCUCCUCCGCCUUCUGCCUCGUCUAGUGGACCAACGCCCACUCAACCACCGACGUCGCAUUCCUCCGUACCCCCGUCAUCAUUCCCAACGCCGCUGUUCGCAGCUCCGUUACCUCCGCCGGUCGUAUCCACGGCCAGUACACCCUCGCAACCCACGGCACCGCACCCGUUCUCGGCCGAGUCGUUAUUCACCACAAAAGACCAAGAUAUGCUGCGGCGCGAGUUGGACAAUCGGUUUCUGGACCGAAGUGGUCUCAGCCAGGUUCCUGCCCCGCCCUACCUGCGCCAGGAACUGCACCAUCACCAGCAUCAGCAUACUCAUCUCCAUCAGCAUCAACACCAGCACCAGCAUCAGCCAAUCCUUCCGACGGCUGCUUCUGCAUCGCCGGCGCUCUUUCCACCGCCUCUCUUCAAGGACGUACCCAAGAUCGGGGCCGUCGAUUCGCCCUUCUACCGGACGGGACUCGGAAUGCCAGCCUAUCCGUACGGUCCCGGACUGCUGCACCCCGGCCUAAGUGGACCGACACAGUUCGUGCCACCGAGCCACCUGCAAUCGUUUGUGCCCAAGCAGCAGGCUCCACCGGUUGACCCAACCAAAAAGAAAACCGGAAAAUGGAACGCCAUGCACGUGCGGAUAGCGUGGGAGAUUUACCACCACCAGGCGAAACAGAACCCGGACAAGGCGGCGUCGAUGAAGACGGCCACGGACAUGCUGCGGCCGCCGUCCCACAUGUACCCUCCGACGGCGGCCGGUCUCGUGCGACCGCACGAUCUGCCGUCGUCGGCGUAUCCCCCGACGGGGCUGCCCGGUCGGCCGGGGCCCUACGAGUCGGCACCGCUGCCGCCGAGUUUCAUCGGCUCGGCCGCUAGUCAUUUAGGUAAGGUUUUCCCCUCCGGAAUGGUCUUCAGCAGUAAUAGCCACCAUGUACUAAAUGCCGCUACAUGUGUUUCAAAAGGUGUCUCCCCCUUCGGUCGAUACGCUUCGCCGUACGGCGGGUCGCCCUUCAGUGGGCUAUCGCCGUUCUCGCGGGAUCUCCCGAUCGGAUCGCAAAUGGCCGGAUCGUUACACGACCCCUGGAGAAGUGCAAUACCACGUGGGGUGGCUGGGUAUCCGCCGGGGCCACCACCGGGAGCAGCCGGUGCGUGGCCACCGACGAUCAAGCCGGAUCCGAGCGUGGCAGCCGAAACCGCACGGCGAGAGGCGGAAGAGCGCGAAAGGCAACGGGAACGAGAUGAAAGGGAACGGGAACGGCAAAGGAGAGAGCGUGAAGAACGUGAAAAGCAGAGAGAACGAGAAAGGGAAGAAAAGUUACGCAAGGAACAGCAAGAGCGAGAGCGCGAACGAGAACGAGAACGGGAGAGGGAGCGGGAACGAAAAGAGAAGGAACGACGGGAAAUGGAAAGGCGAGAGAUGGAGCGGGAGAGGAUGCUAGUGCAGCAACAACGAGAAUCGAAGGCGGCCGCUGCAGCGGCCAGUGCGAACUCCAUGGUGCGGGACAGGUCUCCGCUCCGAAACGGAACGGAACUUGACAUCCGGAUCAAGGAAGAACCUCAAGUAAGCAUGCGCAGCAAAGAAGAGGAGAUGAUGAUGAGAAGUCAAGCAGCAGCUGCGGCUGCAGCGUCCGAUCCACGGUAUCACCCUUCGAUGAUGCCGCAUCCGUACAUGACCAAUCGACAUCCGGCGCAUAUGUUACCGACUGCCCACCUCUCCCGGUCGAUACUACCGCCAUCGAUGGGUAUUCCCUCGCAUUUCCCUCCACCGGGCCCUUGGGGAGCGGACCCCUUCCGAGACUAUCGGCUCGAAUCCUUGCAUCAGCUUCGAUACAACCCCAUGGUGGACCUGUACCGAGCGGAGGAAGCGAAAGCCUCGCUUCUCUAUGCAGCCCAGUCUGCGCACUACCGUGGUAAAGAACCAAGUCCUGUGCCACCACCCCAGUCGCACCACCGGAUGCAACCGGGACCUCCAGGACCCGGAGGCCCCCCUGGUGUGCCGGGUAGUUUGAAACCUCCGUCAUCGCAUCAGUUAGGGCCGCCCACCAACGGACCUAUGUCCGGAGCACCACAAGGAGGCCCCGGAGGACCUCCCCCAGGAGCGCCAGGUGGACCAGUACCCGGAAUGCCCUGCGGACCCGGACCCCUACCCGUAUCGGUAGAUAUGCACAAAAAGGAAGACUCCUGUCAAUCGCGAUGAUAGUCAUCAUCAACAGCGUCCACAUCAUUGAUCGUUAUUGAUGACGACGACUGAGGGAGGGAGCUGCUGCCACCACCAAAAUACACACAAACACAAGAAAAAGAACAAUAGCAGAGAGAUCGAAUCAAAAGCAGACCGAGAGAGCAUGUGAUGCACACUGAGGGGAGGACGUAGCGAAUCGACGCGUAGGAUGAGCGGUAGAGGAAGCAAAAACAACAAAAGGUGAUAUUUUUAAAUUGUAAUUAGGACGUUAAACACACACACACAUACACACAACCUCACACACACACACAUACAAGCGUGAAAAUGGUGCAACAAAACAUUGUUUUCGAUCGGAGAGCGAUUCGCGCGAAACAGAAAUUAUUAGUGAGAUAUUUAAUAUAAACAUAGGCGCGCAUGUAUUAUUGAUAGCAUAACUAACAAACAAACAAACACACACACGUACAUAUUUGUAGAAAUUGUGCAUUUUUUCCAAUUUAGUGGAAACCGAGGGGCGGAUGUCGUGUUACGUGCAUGUGUGUGUGUGCGCGCGCGUUGUGUAUAAGCAGAUGUAGUAGCGGUGUUUCAUCUCCGUCGUUGUUCAACGAUUGCUAAAUUGGAUAACACAAUUGGGCAAUUGGAAAAGAACAACCAACUAUUGGGAGCUGUGUGUAUGUGUGUGUGCGGGCAAUCGCGCGCGCGUAGCAAUACGCACACCAACACAAAUACGCAAACGCGGAAACAAAAAUCUGUACUAUAUAUUGUAAUUGUAAAUGUUAAGUAGUGAUAUUUGUAUAAACAAAACUUACAAAAAAAAACUGUGGGAGGGGCAGAGAACGGACGAUGGUGUAGGCGGUAAGAACAAUGUGUGACUCGAAGAGAGCCGUCAUAUUUAUAUUUUAUCAAUAAAAAAACUCUAGCAAGUCGGUAGCGUGGUUUUGUAGGACAUUGCCAGCGAUGUUUCAACGAUGGUUUUUGUUGUUCGUGUGUGCGGAAGCGACGGAAUUUUACCACUCACGGAAUGGUGGAAGGAACGAGAACGGUAGGAGAUGGGAAAAGAACAAUGGCAAUGUGUUUGAACGUUAGGUUUCUGUUAUUGUUUUGUUUCUUCGAUGUUUAUUAACCUGUUUUAUGUUACUCGCAGUUUAGUUUUUUUUUGUUUAGUAUUUUACAGAGAAUAUUCAUUUUCUUUGUUUAACGUGGCAAGCAGAAAAUUCAUAUUUCGAAAAGCUGGUUUUAUGCCACUUCGGUUGUUCCAAGAAUCGUCAAUAAUUAUUCGCGAAGAUCAUGAAGUCAUGAAAUAACUUCAAAUAACUAAAUCAGCAUUCAAUUGGUUGGUCCAAACUCUACUUGAUUGUUAGCUAAAGGUAGAUAAACAACUGGGCCUAGUUUGUGAAUCAAUUGAUAAGAUGGUAGCCAUGUGCCAUGGCUCAUGGGAUAUGUUCUUAUUAUGAUUGCCUUCGUCUUCUUAUGCUCCCUAUCAUGAUGUUCUCUCAGAUACGCAAAUCUAUCAUCCAAUGCAAGAGUAGUGAAGCAUAGUGAAAGAAUAAUUAAUUUUGGUAGGGUCCAGAUUUCAGCCUUUCAAGAUCACAUUUUUCGGUAAUCAUCGAAGUUUAGUUCAACAAUCGUCUGACGUCCACCGACUAUUUGACACAAACGGACUAUCAAAACGUCAUUCGCGAAGUCGAAGCAAAUUCUGCUCUUCCCUCCUAUGGGAAACCCCAUUUCUAUCUGUCAGAGUUUGAGUGAAACAUGACCGCCAUCUUCUCCUCUCUGUUGCUCUACUGUAAAAACCCAUAAAUAACUGUCAUUGUUUGUGUGAAGAAUUUUGCUUCGACUUCGCGAAUGGAAAUGUAAUCUACUUACCAAAGAUUCUCAUCCAUCCCUGCAGUGAGGAGAGAGCUCUCGAUGUCCUACUUCUCAUAUGGGUGUUCUGAAUCUUCGCCUUUGGAAGCACAUAAAACCUGCAAAGGGAAGGCUCUGAUUAUUAUAAUUUUAUGUCCUCUGCUAUGAACAUCACAGAUCCCGCUACCAAGUAUUGAACGGAGCAUUUUCUGCUCAAACAGGCCGAGAAUUCGAUAAUUUACCUCUAAUUAAUAAUUUACCUCUGAUUAAUGGGUUGACUGGAUAGCUCAGCUAUGUGUCCGUGUUUGUAAGUUGCGAAACUUUCGUUGACUACGCAAAUUGUAGAAAUUCCAACUUGCAGCCACAGUACCUCUUUGUUCACUUCGCGUGUCACAUGUCACGAGUGUUCCGAAUAUUAUGGACUCAACAACCUCAAAUUGCUUCCCAAUCAUUUCCAUUGCGAGACCAAGAGCAUUUGGGUUGCCUCAUUUUUCGACAGCCACCAAAUGCUUGCUUUUGACAAAUCAUAAACAGCCCAUUUGAAACAAAAGACAAGAAGACAAGAAGCCCUUGGAUAGCUUUCUAUCCUGAUUCGGUUUGUGUGAUAUUCCGGAAAGCUCGUGUUUCAGGAUUCAUAAAAGAAAUAGCACAUCUUCUGUCGGUAUUUAUAAAGUAGAUCAUAUCUCAGGAUGGCGUUCCGGAACUGUUGUGCCGUUGUCCCGUACCUGAGUGAAGUUCGAAAUCAAACCGAAAUCGAAAUUUGCUGUCAUGAUGUCAAUUAUUUGAUCACUUUACAGUUGAUCUCGUUUUGUAUGGAUUAACGGAAAUUAUUAAAUUAAGCAGAAAUGAGAGCAUAUUUUUACACUGUGGAAUAAUACUUUAGCUGUCAAUGAAAUCAACAUGAUCAGGAACAGAAAAAGUCACUUCAACUAAAUACAUACUCAAACAGUUGACAUCCUACACACAAUCUAGUAGCCUGUCCUUUACAAAUUUGAAUGUGCGAAUAUUUAAAUAGGAUGGCAUGUGCAUGAACAGCAGCAAGCGUCGACUCUUGGUGUCAGCAUUGUUGUGUGCGGUGUCAAAAUGGAUCUUCAAGCUUGGCACAUUGAUAUUCAAUUUGAAGACUCAAAAUAUGAAUAUAAUGGAUUUAACAUUUUUAAGUCAGUACGCUUUUUAUACCGAAGUUGGAUUUUUCUUCAGAUACAGGCAACUUACCCAACUUCGGGAAUUGGGCGCUGGAUUCGCCGAAAGAUGCGCUAAACAACGCAUUAUUGUCGCGCUUAUCUUUUUCUAGAAUGCUGCGGCGGUCUUAUACUCGCAGGCUCGACUGCGAAGGUAAACGUCAAGAUAGCCGCCGUGUUAAAAGAUAGGCAGAAUUUUACCGCGCAAAACAAAACCACGUGCUUUUCACGAAAUGAAAACAGUGUUCGAUUGUAUUAGUGAGAGGCAACCGGAGUCAUGGAGUACAUGGAGAGUGUUUAUCAUGGCAAGUGCAUACGGUGGGUGAGAUUUUCAUUGAUUCUGUUGUGUUUAGUGACCGUUGCGAUUACCUGAGAAGCAACCAGCAGGAAGCCGCAGUAUUCUAUUUUAUCUCGAGAUGCAUAAUAAUUAGUUUGACAGAUAAAACCGUGCCUGUUGGCUAGUCUCUGAUUUGACGUUGGUGGAAGUCAGCUGCACCCACCGUUCCGAGCAUUUUGAUCAAUGUGGUAAAUAAGAAUGCGUGAAUGCACUUCAUCAGCACCUUCUUAUAUACCACAGCUUCCAAAGUCAUUUCAGUUGAACGAUCGAUGCUUUCCUGGAUGUUUUUCUUCAUUUUGCAAGCAAGCACGGUGUUGGUGGUCUUAGAAGCUCGAGAUUUGUUCUAAUCUAUCGUCUAAUCUUUGUCUACCGAACAUGGCUUCCGAUGGUGAGGAUCCGUUCGGUGCGGAUGGGUUCGGUGUAGACCUGUAUGCCUGUAUGUAUGUUAACAGGAACAGAUCUAAAGCUUCUUGAAUUGUGUUCUUCCCUUCACGAAUUUUCUUUGUAGCUUUUUUAAACGUGUAAACGAACCUUUCUACCUGCCCGUUGGAUUGUGGGUAGAACGGUGCGGUAAUGACGUGCUGUAUUCCGUUGAUGCAGCAAAAUUCGGCGAAUUUUGCACUCGUAAAUUGGGUGCCGUUAUCUGAGACGACGGUUUCUGGCAUACCUAGCCAUGCGAAGAUACUACGAAGAAUUCAAGAUGAUUGUUGCUACAGCUGUGAUGCGACUUGUCUGCACAAUCUCCGGACAUUUCGAGAACGAGUCAACUACGAGAAGGUAGUAUUCGCCGUCUAGCAGUCCUGCGUAAUCAACACUUUGGCCAGGGAAUAGGAUUAGUGCCUUGGAAUAACGAGUCUAUCACUAGAAAGAAUACAAUCUUCAACGGUAGUGUUGGACUCGCAACGGAUGUACAACUUUUGCAACUCCCCAUCCGUUGUGCUCGACGAAGCCUUCUUCCAUCCCUGCUGAAUGGAGUCGUAAGCCUUGCUGAGAACCAGAUCUUUCUCGGUGCCAUUUUGAACUUGGUUAAAACUGAGCGGUAGAACCACGUAGAACGUUGAAUGUUUCAAAGGCUGCCGACCUUACAUCAUCCCCAAGUGAAACUGCUGCUAUUACAUAGUCCUCAUCCGGGUUGACAUGCUGGUUAAUUAAGCGAGACAAUACAUCCACUUGACCAAACAUUUCCGUAGCCA